AUGGCAGACCUUAGCAAAGGCCUCGUGCAGCCAUUUCUCGGCGCCCUGCAAGCAUGCAUUUCCGUUUUACUCACCCUGCUCUACGGCGUCAUAACUCGUCACGUCAGUCUCAUCAACGAUGAAACCAUAGACCAAAUGUCCGGUAUAUGCGUGAAGAUAUUCCUUCCGGCGCUGAUAUUAGUGAAGCUGGGUUCGGAGUUGAGUUUGGAUAUUGCUUUGCAUUAUGUUCCUGUUCUCGUAUGGUCAAUCCUCUACACCCUUCUUUCAAUCUGCAUCGGCCAUGUGUUGUCCCGCUGUUUGCGUCUCCCAACCUGGGUUACGCCCGCGAUAGCAUUCAAUAAUACAUCCUCCCUCCCACUUUUGCUGCUGCAAACAUUGCAGUCAACGGGGAGUCUUAAGUUGAUUACCAUGCCGGGACAGUCGGAGUCUGGUUGUAUGAAUCGCGCGCAGUCGUAUUUCUUGGUUUGUGCCGUGGUAUCGAAGUCGAUUGCGUAUGCUGUUGCGCCGAGGAUGUUGAGCCAUGCAGACUCUAACGGCAGAAAGGGGGAUGAUCGGGAGACUCGACAUGAUCGGGACGAGGGUUUGAAUGUAUCAGUACAACCCCAGAACCAAUUCCGCCACGACAUCACCAACACAUCAGAAGAUCAACAAGGAGAAGAAGAAGAAGAAGAAGAAGUAAACGAACAAACCUCCCUCCUCCCCAGACCCAUCCGCACAGUACGCCACAACUUCUUCCUGAAAACGCACCAUCUCUUCUCUUACCUCCCCCGGCCCGUCCGCCGACGUAUCGACGCUUUGGAUUCACCUUUCCUCGAUACGGCAAUCCUCUGCGCCGCGACUGGGGUGCUGUUGGGAUUAGUCCCCAAACUGCAUCGCGCAUUUUUCUCACCGUACGAAGAAGGAGGAAUAUUCAAUGCGUGGCUGAUCUCGAGCAUUAAGAAUGUCGGAACGCUAUUUACGUCUUUGCAGGUCUUUCUGUUGGGGUGUAAACUCGGUGCUAGUUUUGAGCGGAUCAAGCGCUCCCCUUCUCAUUCCCCUUCGGAGUCUUCUCUGGAGGAGAAUGACGACGAAGAGGAAAGCCACACAGCCAUAAUCCCUCACGACCCAGUGCUAUGGUUCGCCCUCAUGGUAAUCCCAACUGGUCCACCGGCAUUACUCAACUCUGGGCUUGCGGACAUGAGUGCCGAGGUCACAAAGGGCGAUAAAAUGGCUAUUGCGAAGAUGUUGGCUGUACGUCCUUCCCAUUUCCUCUCCUCCUGA